AUGCCCAAGAAAAAGACAGACUCUUCGUUAUCUCAACUCUUGGUCAAGUUUUUGGAAACGGAUCCAAGGCCUACGCUCAUCGCUUCGCUCGAGGGCCCGGAACCUUUGUGGGAGAAUGAAGCCUAUCGGACGCUACGCACACGGGCGGACCCCAACAUCUCCGUGGACAAUCUGCUGAACGAGAUGUUCGUGCGGGAGGGUGGGACAUUCGACGGUGGACUGUGGAGGUUCAGGUCUAUGGAUAUCGGGAUUGAGGAUAUCAGGGCUAUUGUCGCCACUCGCAUCCCUGAUCCACUGGGCAUCGAUCUUCAGGGCCGGGGAGGUCCUGGGCCGAGCGCUUUUGAGGGUAUUCAGGGUGAUGUUGCGGUUCAGGUGGAGGUGCGGCCUCGGGGGCAUGGGGCCGGCAAGCAUGAUGAGAAGCUUGUGAAUGGAGACUUUGGGAUUACGAGCUUAAGCGGGCAGCUCGUUGAUACUGGAAGUGAUAACCUGCGGGCUAGGUUCGAGGACGGUAAAGAGGAGGAAGAAGCGGUGAACCAAAAGGGAGGUUUCAAAGUUGGUGGCACGGUUGUCGAGGCCGGCGAUCCUGAUGGGGAUAGACUGUUAUCCGCCCCAGUACCCGCUAUCUCCGAGGCUGGACUAGCUUGCCAUAAACUAUAUCCGCAACUUGCUGGGCCAUCGAUGGACUGGAUCCGAAACCCUUUGUACGGGAACUCGACUCGACACCUACGCAAUCUCGGGAACGUCAAGUGGUAUGAGUUUUCCCCAGGGUUUGUGCCUUCUAAUACUUUUCUAGGUCUACUACGGCUUGUGGCCCUAUCGACGGAUGGCCGAGCUCACUGUGCACAUGGGCAAACUCGAUAAUGGCCAUGCCUUACCCUACCUCGAUAUACUGGGGCCCAUCGUAUAUGAUCUUGUAUAAUGAUCAAUGGGUCAAGAUAGCCCAGAGCAAGGAUCCUCGGAUUCUUGGGAGUGGGUUUGCUGAGGGAUGGUCAGAGCUCCAGAAUUAUUUCAUGCCACUGCUUGAUGGGGCAUUCCGUCACGGGAGAUCUGUCAUCAAGAAGGCGGAGCAAUUAUUUCUCGACCGCGGUGAUUGGAUUGAAGAAUGCUACUUUGAUUUCACAAUAUCCGCAAUAAUCGGCGACUCCGGUGCACCCGAGGGUGUUCUGGAACAAGCAUUCGAACUCAGUCGACACAUUAUAUCAAUCAGGAGGAUGGAAACGCUGCGGAGGAUGGGGACGCUAAUGGCUUCUGUAAGGGAUUUAGCCGAAGAUAACUUUUGGGGAAGAGCAUUAGAGGCCUUCGAUGAUAACCCCCUAGAUUCUCCUUUUAUGCUCAUCUAUCGCACGCUAGUUGAUGAGGAUUCCUGGGCUAGCAGCGAGAACGAAUACUGCGUUCUUGAGGGGAAUAUCGGUUUCCUCGAAGGUGGGAUCUUGGCCCCCAGGAAGUGUGAUCUCAAGGAGCGGUCUUACUAUUUUGCCAACGAAAUGGUUCAAGCCCGGGAAAAGAACGCAGCCGUGAUUAAGUAUAUGGAAAAUUUACCCAAGGGUGAAACCAUUGUGUGUAGAGGGUUUGACGAACGGCCUACUCGCGCUGCCAUUAUACCAAUUCAGACCACUAGUUCAAUCACUCAAGGGUUCCUCAUUCUCGGGUUGAAUCCGCGGAGGCCUGUUGACGCAGAUUGUCGACUCUGGAUAGAAUUACUGAUGAAGGAGCUUUCGACGACAACGGGGAGAGUAAGGCUUUUAAGGGCAGAAGUCACCAAGGCUGUGGACCAAGAGGGCGAAAGGGCAACCCACACUCGGACGGUAGAGUUGCAGGAGCAGUUGGAGAAGCGAACCGAAGAGCUCAGAAAGAGUGAGCUGCUUUUCACACGCACAGCUGAAACGAUAUCAGUGGGAUUGGCGGUAUUCCAUAUUGAUGGGAAAAUCUGGUUUGAGAAUGAGGCGUAUCGAAAACUACUGGGGUUUCCGGUGGGCCAUGAAAGCGAUGCAUGGCGAGAAAUGGUCUAUAAGGGAGAUGCGGAAUGGGUCUCCAAAUCUUUUGACAAUGCAGUCGCAACAAGGUCAGACAUGAAGCUUGAUUGCAGGCUGGGUAAUGACCCUUUGCGGUCUCCAGGGUGGAAGUAUUGGGUCUCUUGUUCUGUUGUAGUGCAAACCGGAAAAACGCCGGCUUCCGAAGGUGAAGAGGUUACAGGGUACAUCUUAACGUUGGUUGACAUCACCAGCGCCAAACUUAACGAGGAAUAUCAGCGGCAGCUAUCUACACAAGCUGUUGAGCGGCGACGCCAGCAGGAAAACUUUAUUGACAUAUUCAGUCAUGAACUUCGGAAUCCAUUCUCAGCAACGCUGCAAUGUGCGGACGGGAUACUGAGCGCAAUGGUUGCAUAUCAGAAAGGGGAGGAUAGAAAUUUGGAUCUGGAGGAGAUGAUUGAUUCAGCGUCCACAAUUUUGGUUUGCGUGCAGCAUCAGGUCUGUUUGUAGACCAAUCAUGUGAAGUCUGUUUUUGGUUUUUAUGUGUUAAGAGGAGGGUGACAAGGGAGGGGCAGUAUUCAGCUGACACGGAGGAUAGAUGCGGAUCAUAGACGACGUGCUUACCCUGAGUAAGCUAGACUCGAUGCUACUAAGUGUCGUGCCCACAGAUGUACAGAUUCAUGCGGUCAUAUCCCAAUUGAUGAAGAUUUUCCAGUCCGAGUUGCAUGUGAAGGGCAUCGCUUCUGAGUUCAUCGUGAGUCCUACCAUCCUGAUUUCUAAUACGGUGUAUCCCUGAACUGAUGUUGCGACUAGCUCGAGGAAUCCUACAAGGAACUAGGUGUUGAUUGGGUUAAGGCUGAUCCAGCGCGGUUCUCCCAGAUUUUGGUAGGUCUUUUGAGUCUAGCUCUAUGACCAGUUUUUAACUUGUGGCUGGGUUAGAUGAAUCUUUUGACAAACGGUUCGUGCGAUUGUAGUUUUUAGGUUGGACGUUUGCUGACCUCUCAAGCUAUCAAAUUCACCUCCCAGCAAGCCGGAAAACGUGAAGUUACUGUCAAGCUAGGAGCGGCUUUGGAGAGGCCGACAGCUCAUGGCGAAGUUAUGUACCGGGAAUCCGAGGAUCGGCUUCCGCAAGACAUGGCCCAGGAAUGGGGAACCGGUGACCCUAUAUUCAUUCUGGUCACUGUUCAGGUAUUUCAUUCGCAUUUACCGCGCGUUCAGAUUUUUGACAUUAUACAGGAUAGCGGUAUUGGGAUUAGCAAAGAGUGGCAGACAAAACUGUUCAAGCGCUUUGAGCAUGUACCCCGUACGCAUGUUACCUAUGGUGGUUCAGGUCUGGGCUUAUUCAUAUGCCGUCGGCUCUGUCGUAUCCAGGGCGGAGAGAUCGGUGUCUAUUCUGAAGAGGGCAAAGGUAGCUCCUUCUCAUUCUACAUAAAAGCCCACCAAUCUAGCACCGCGCCUUCCCUGGGUCCGAAUAUAGCUCCUGUGGAAUACUCCGGACUGCCGAAGGCGGAGGUAAUAGCAACAAAAUACUACACACCACCGAAAUCAGUGGAAGAGGUUCAGAAAAGACGGCAGAUUAGUUAUGGGGUCUUGAUUGUGGAAGAUAAUCUGAUUAAUCAGGAGGUUCUGAGGAGGCAAUUGGGGAAGGAAGGAUGUGUGACACACGUCGCAGGUAAUGGGCAGGAGGCGUUGGAUUUUAUUAUCAAGAGUGAAUUCGUGAAUGACGGGGCAACCAAGAUCGACGUUAUUUUGAUGGUCAGUCUCCCAUUGUCUGCGACGGUCAAGAUUCUAAUACAGUGACAAUAGGACAUGGAGAUGCCCGUGAUGGAUGGAAAUACAGCGACAGUGAAGAUCAGGGAGCUGGAAAGAUCCGGCAAGAUCAGACGACACGUUCCUAUAAUGGGCAUUAGCGCCAACGCCCGCCCGGAGCAGGUGGCGAAAAUGACUGAAGUGGGAAUGGUACAUAUUCCCUUCCUUGACCCACGCUUGUGCUCCACCCCCGACUUCCCUAACUGGUGACUAAUCAUCACAGGAUGAUGCCAUAUCAAAGCCAUUUCGGAUAGCGGAUCUCCUUAGCCGAUUCGACACGCUGCUGGAAAAGUUGAACGUAAGUUCCGAUACGUCGUAAAUGUUAUAGAUGGGGCUUUUUUUUUAAUCUAACGUCUUAUUUCUCCUUUCCCUUUCCUCUCUUUCUCUCAACUUUAUUUCGUCCAUUAUGGUAUACAUUGCUCUGGGGUCUUGCCUUUUUUUCUUUCCCUCUCUUUAAUCUUUUGUAUUAUUCCUUCUUGCUCUCUUAGGGGUUCUAACAUGUACGGAUUUUUUUUCUUUUUUCUAGGGCCGCCAUGGGUUCUAUCUUGGUGUAUCUGGGAACGAGUUACGAAGCUAUUGGGGGCGUUUAUAUAGGCGAAUUUUCGGAUGCGAGGAUGAGGAAAAGCUGUUUGCGCAUGAGUAGUGAGAAUGGGUCGUGGCAGUAGCCGACGGGGUAAUGAUUUUCGAGGUACACUAGUGAUGGAUUGUGGUGGGUUGGUGCAUGAACGAAAGUACUGUGUUGGGGGUGGGUGUGUGGCAUCGCCUUAACAUUGCUCCCCAGCAUUGAACCAACGACACUUUUAUGCCAGGCCACCGGUGGGUAUCCAGAACACCCUGAACGGUUCCGGCAGCCGGUGCUCCCGCAACCACUGCUCUUUACCGCACCCGUAGUGUGCAUGAACCAUGCUAGCAAGCACUGGAGUAGAGAAAACAGACACACCGUGGGAGCCGUGAUUCUAUACUAGCCUAGGUACUACUUAGCGGGCUCCCGUGAAAUCGCGUCGCGGCGCGGUUGCCUUGACUCAUGGGUAAUAUGAUGUGCGGAGACGGCACACUCUAUUUGAUAUACCAUACCUGAACCCAGGAGGAUUUCCACGUCGCUGUUUGUAUAGUGAGGUGCGGGAGGGCAUUAGCAGGAUGUAGAGUUACCCCCCGGUCACGCACAUCUAUAACCUCUGACGUGGGGAAGUAGAAAUACCGGUACUGAAAGGUGGGGUUUCUAAUUGUGACUCUGUACAGAGAACCAAAGCCCCCACCCAACGCCAAGGACAGCCCGAGGGUACAGGGACGAUUUCAAUUUGUCAAUAAACUCUCGGUUCAGAAUUCUGAAGGUUGGGAUUAGUGACGUUAUCUUUCGAAGCGCUGGCAGCAGUGUAUCAUACGGAUUCUUGCGUAGGGGGGAAUUUCGCAUUAGGGAACUGAGUGGUGUUUGUAAAGUGUCUGUGAUUGGUUUUGAAGAGAACACUGGUGAACUAUCCCUCGAGUGGCCGUGUGAGAUUAAAAGUUAUCCGCAGUCCUAAUACGCGAUAGCCCCCGAGUGGGAGGUACAGUAGAAUGGCAAUGGCAAUGGGGUGUGUGAGAGAAGGUUGUCAUGGCAUUGCUCUUGCUGACUGUGUGCUUCGGGUAUGUGGUACUCGGCAUGGGGUGCCUUCCUCCCGAGGAAUCUCCUUCCCCUCUCUCUCGGAAAAGGGAAAAGAAGUCCGGAUGCUUGGCUGUGAUGGAAGCGGCGGUAGUAGUGGAGAAGGGCUAGGGUUGGGGAUGUGGUGGGGAAUGUUUUUGAUUU